GUGGCGAGCAGUUUCGCGGUCUGCGCUUUUCUUGCUUACCUUAAAGCCAUCAGAUUCUCUCGAUUUUUCGCUGGUCUUUCCGCCACCUAAGGGAGAUGCAAGAAAUAAAGCAAGCUACCAGCAAUUCUGAGAGCUUGGAAACAGCUUGCAAGGAAAAUGAAGCUUCCGAUUUUCAUAGCAGAUGCAUUCACAGCAGAAGCAUUUCGUGGAAACCCUGCUGCUGUUUGCCUCUUGGAAAAUGAAUUGGAUGAAGACGCGCAUCAGAAAAUUGCAAGGGAGAUGAACCUCUCUGAAACUGCUUUUAUCCGAAAACUCCACUCCACAGACAACUUUACAGAAAGUUCCUGCUUUGGAUUAAGGUGGUUUACACCAGCGAGCGAGGUCCCCCUCUGUGGUCACGCUACCCUGGCUUCUGCAGCUGUGCUGUUUUACAAAAUAAAAAACGUGAAUACCACUCUAACCUUUGUCACUCUGAGCGGGGAACUGAAGGCCAGAAAGGCAAAGAACGAUAUCAUCCUGGACUUGCCUCUUUACCCAGUCCACCCCCAGGACUUCCAUGAAGUAGAGAACCUGAUAAAGACUGCCAUAGGUGACACCGUGGUCCAGGACAUCUGCUAUUCUCCAGAUACCCGGAAGCUCCUUGUCCGGCUCAGUGAUAAUUAUGACAGGUCAUUUCUGGAGAACCUGAAAGUGAGCACACAGAAUCUGCCGCAAAUCGAAAACUCAGGGAAGGUGAAAGGACUCAUUCUCACCCUUAAAGGACAGCCUGGUGGGCAGAAGAAAGGGUUUGACUUUUACUCCAGAUACUUUGCACCAUGGGUUGGUGUGGCUGAAGAUCCUGUAACAGGGUCUGCACAUACUGUUCUCAGCAGCUACUGGUCCCAGGAACUGGGGAAGAAAGAGAUGUAUGCCUUUCAAUGUUCCCCCCGAGGAGGAGAACUGGAGAUUUCAUUGCGAUCUGAUGGACGAGUUGACAUUCGGGGAGGUGCUGCUAUUGUGUUAGAGGGCACUCUGACCGCUUAGAGAGAAUUGUGCUGUGAAGCUGCUCUCUUGAAUGACUAAGUAUUUUCUGCCUAUAAAGAAAUACAAGGGACUGCCUUUAGCAAACUUGAAUAGGAAACUUAAUCCUCAAGUUA